AAUUUCCAAGUUCAUAGCUACAUAAGCAAAUGAUUUAAAAUUUAUAAAUUUUUGGCAUCGAUCAACUUCUGCAUAUUAAAUCAAAAUGAAAGUUGGGUAACAGCGACUUUUAAAACUCCAUUUUCCCCUUCGUCAUAUUGGAUUGUUCCAAAGAUGGACGCGCCCUGUACGUUCAGAAGAAGUAGAGCGAAUGUGUAAAAGAAGAGAAGGAGGGCCUAUCUGUACUCAUUGAACUGGAGGAGUUUCAUUAUAAGCCAAGUUCAGCAUCUGUGUGCAUCUUAUUGUAGCUAAGGAAUAUCAGCAUACUUGGCAAUGCACAGACGAAAGGCUUCGUUCCCUGAAUGGUCUAUGUACGUCUAAAGGAUCGUUUCUCAUAACCAUGAAUUUAAAUGACCUAUACAUAGUGAAGGAGCUCUCCUUAACUCAAUCAUUUCCCAGACCAGCUUAGUUCUAGUCACUGUGCUCAGAGUUACCUGCUACCGAGGAGAAAGCACCCUGGCACUAUCGGGAGCUGUGCCAAAAACCAACGCUGGUGUGGAUGCCAGUACAUCGCAGAGCACUUCAUGAAAACGCUGUCAGUAAGUCUAACAAGGACCACGUUACGAGUGUUUCCAUAAAUUGAUAUGCGUCUAGGAUCAUCUGCAAUGGAGACAGAAUGCAUCAUGCUGUUACCCUCAGUCUGUGCAGUAUUAGCCAACCCAGAGCUGCCAAUUCCUGAUGACACAUGUCUAGAAAAGCUUCUGGACUGGUUCAAAGUGAUGACUUGUAAAGUGCCAAAUGAGUCUCUGAUGGAACAGAAUAGUUGCUUGACCGAAUUAAUUGCUACAGUAAUCAAACAAAAGGAUCCAGAACCCUGUAUGCUCUCCUUCAUCUUCAGAUUAACUGGACUGCUUGCAGCAUCAGUUGACGGAUUCAGCUUUUUAGAGCAUUUAAGACUUCUGAGGGAAGUCUUUGGGAACAGGGAACUGAUGCAGAAGAGGACUUGGGAAGAUGCCACUGUGAGGUGUGGGUGGAUCCAUGGACUCCUGAGUGCUGUGCAGAAUAUGAAAGCCUUCCAGUUUAUUUUGAAAAAUGAGCUGAUUGAAGUCAUCCUGCCACUUCAACAAGACCGCAGUCUUUUUGUCAGCUCUGCAGCAAACCAGUUGUUAAUAAAACUGCUAACUCUUCCAACACAGCAGUCUAUGAAUGCCCCUGUGCUUAGUGGUGACGGCCAUAGUUCUGAUAUGAGGGAUCUGUUACAGAGCACCUCUACUGAGAAUCGUGAAUGGACAAAUGUAGUAAAACAUGUUGGUACGCAUGUAGAAGAGACUCUUCUCUCAGGUGAACCUUUCCAUAUUGAACAGUCUUUGAAGCUGAUGACUUUGGCUUGUAAGACAUGCGAGCCGUGGAUUUUGCAGAUAUUGUGGGAGAAGGUAGUAGGACACAUUGAGAGCUUGCUUGAAACACAUCCGACUACUCUGACCCAGCCUUUAGUGGAGCUUUUACUUUCGGUGUCAAGGACCCCUAUAUUCCAACAAGCUGACUCCACGAUUUCUACCUUACUAAUGCAUUUUCUCCGGACUAUUAGUCCAGCACAGACUGGGUCUUUGGCAUCAGGAAUUUUGAACCUGAAGAACUGCCCGCGAAGCCUAAGUAUGUCAGCUAUCAGUGUGUUCCUUCAUCCGUUGGAGUUUAUACUUUAUUCAGCUAGUCAGCAGCCACAGGAUCAAGGCCUACUUGAAACACGUUUUUAUGAAGACAUGACUAUUGAAGAGCAGCUAUGCAGAAAAACAUCCUGUAUUGCACUCUUGGGCAACUCACUUUCUCAUAUUCAUGAACUUUUAGAAAUUAUUACCCAGCCGUAUUACGCCACACAUUUUCGACCUGAAGCGAUCCUCAAUUCUGUCCUAUUGGUGCUACAAAUGUGCAUUGGCGCUGCUAUUCCCGCCACCCCAGCUGGAUCUCAGAUUUGUAGACACCUGAUUGGGAAUGUGAAAGUUCAAAAAUUUGCUGUGGAUGCCCUUGAAAGCAUUUUACAUUUGAAAGGAAUUGUUGAUUCAGAUUCUGUCCAUUUACUGCUAGAAUACCUCAGGAAUCCUGAUACAGAUUCACUUGUUUUGAAGAAAGUCAUGCAAGCUACCUUAAAAUAUGUUUUGUGCUACCCUGACCUAACAGCGAUGUGGCCAAUCUUUGACAAAGAUCUAUUUCCUGUCUUGAAGAAACGCCUCUGUGACAUCCGGUGGGAAGUCAGGGAUUCUACUUUAGAGCUUCUUACACACCUCACUUUACAUCUCCAAGACAAUGAAGAAUUUCCACCUCUUCUUCUAAAUUCUGGAAUUCUUCAGAUCGCAAUGAGUUUGCUGACCGAUCAUGAAGGAUAUGUUCGUGCAAGUACUGUUUCUUUUUUGGGACAAGCCAUCUAUAUAAUGAAUAACAAAGAUGAUAAGUUAAAUUCUAACACCAUCCAAUUUACACAGGAAGGAAUUGUGUCCCGGCUAGUUGGCGUUUUAUCCCAGGAUUCAGAGAGCUUUCCAAGACGAGCCGCACUCAGGGUGUUUACAGGCUGGCUGCAGCAGUGUUCCCGACUGCCGAUAGAAAAUUUUGAAGAAACCCUCUCGGUGGUUUUUAAAGUGGGUUGCGGUGAUUUUGAUUGGGAAGUCAGAGUUCACAGUUUAGAGCUUGCAGAAGUGUGGAUCGAUCAGACUCUCGCUAACACACUCAUCCCUUCCUGUCCCUAUGCUGUUACACCAUCAACAGAUUUGAGGAGGAAAUCUCUAAGUGAAUUGAUGCUGAAAUUAAAAACGUUACAGAUAUUUGACAUUCUGUUUGUGGGACUGCAUGACUGUGAUCGACCAGUUGCUCAAAAGGCCUGUGCAGUUUUAAUGUCCCUGCAAAAAUUAUUUGAAAAAGGGGAUUUUCCUACUAAUGAGGUUAGUACUAACGGACGUGAAAAAGCAGACAGUAUACUGAAAGAUUGCUUUUUAACACAGAGCAGUGCUGCACAGACUGGGCUUAUAAAUCUUACUGGCCAAACGGUAGACGACAUUGCUGAAAUUUUGGCUGCGCUGGAUCUGAAAACAGUACAGCAUAAUUUGGGACACAGCAGCGACUACAUACAAAAGAGUCCUCACUCUCUUCUUCAGGAUAUUCUGGCUGUAGCUGAAACCACAGUGGACAAUGUUAUUGACUGCUAUUAAAUGUCUGGUAUUUUAAGGUCACAUAUUCUUUUGUCUCAUUGAGUAAUCAGACUUUAUGGGUUCUACACAAUGUGCAGCACUUGAGUAGAAGUGAUUUUGACAUUUUUAAUACUUUGAGGAUUAACUCGCAGCAAUUACAAAUGUAUGAAGUUAAACAAAGAUAUGAAUUAAAAAUGAAGUAAUUUGCAACUAAACCUCAUUUUAGAAAGAAUGAUUCAGACAUACUCAUGAUUUUUACUUUUUGUAUGUUGUGGGUUUAUUAUCUAUAAAGUACUUUCUUCUGACAUAGAUGAACCCCACUUCACUUUGCAGUUACUGGCUCUCAUCUGUCUUUGUCUUCUUGUUUCUGUUGUCCAGUCUGUUUACCACCAUAGUGUACAAGCUUCCCAGGUUCUGCCAUCUUGUUCUGGACAAUCCAUGUAAAUUGAGUUAGAAGAUUGGAUCUGUGAUUCAUGGUUUGUCUACAGUAGAAGCAGCAACUUUGACUGAGCCACCACAUUCUUAUUUCUUUGAUUGUAUGCAUGAGUGUUGCCAGAAACAUUUGCAAAACAUGUUUUAGAAAUGUUUAAACACGCUCACAGAAUAACUACAUGUAUUUACUCCUCAUUGUUUUUUACAUAAUCUUUCUUCCAUCAGUUUCAACAGCCGUGUGAAAAAACAGCAUGGAUCCCCUUCUUGUACCAGUCUGAAUCCAGAACACGCAGCCACUUCUUCAUUUAGCUCAUCUUCACUCCCAAACCUUUUACCACAGAUGCCACCUUGAGAACUCCAAAAAUGUUUCAAACAAUAUUUGAAAAGUCUGUAACUGUUCACCACAAUUCCUCAUCCACCGAAAACAUCAUCAACAGUUCUUUGAUGUAAGAUGCAUGUCACACCACAGCAGCAAUGCAUGGACCAAAGGCACUGCAGUAGAAAAUCGGGCAUUUCACAUUAACCACAAACUAAGGCAAAAGUGUUUUCAGAUCAUUUACACUGAAGUAUAGAAAGUGUUGCAAAUGUUUUUGGCCAAUCCUGAUAUGCUAAACAUUCACUUUUCAAGUUUUAUUUAUUAAAUAUAACAAGAAACUAAGAAUGUCUGCAGCAAUGGUGAGUGUCUUCCCUCCUGGUACUUCAUUCCCUUCUCAAGUCCUAAAGUAUGAAUAUCUCCCGUGAUGGACUUGUAUCUUGUCCAGGGUAGGUUCCUGCCUUGCACCAAUGCUGCAGGGAUAGACUUGUGUCCCCCAAGAUCCAACUGCUGGAUUCAAGUGGUUAGACAAGGUUGAGGCAGCAGACGUUUAUCCACUAGCUUUUUUCAACUGCAUUAGUUUUUGUGAUUUCAUUGGCAUUUGCUUGCCAGUUCUUAA